UUUCUACGAUCUCAGCUGUCUCCGAUCUAUAUAACUGAGUUAAGCCUUAAGCUGUCUCUCGCUCUCUGUCUCAUCUCAUCCAGUCUCCCUUGAUCAACACUUGAACAAAUUUGUUCUCUCAGAGCCAUCAGCCAUGGCCAUGGAAACUGGUCUCCUUCUCCUCUUAGUUCUUGCUCCGGCCGUCUACGCUGCCGAUCAUACUGUGGGUGACUCCAGUGGGUGGAGUCAAGGUGUGGAUUACACCACCUGGGCUUCUAGCAAUACUUUCACCGUCGGCGACACACUUACGUUUAGUUAUUCAGGACUGCACGGAGUGGACCAAGUAACCAAAACCAACUACGACAGUUGCACGGCCAAGGCCCUCAAAAGCUACAAUUCAGGAAGUGACAAAGUGACCCUUGACCAAGCAGGAGAUUGGUACUUCAUAUGCCCAACCACGGGACACUGUGACUCUGGGAUGAAGCUAGCAAUCACGGUUUCUGCAGCAAGUAGUACUCCAUCAACUCCUUCCCCUCCCUCUACAACUCCGACCACCCCAUCUACGCCUACGCCCACCACCCCGUCUCCGCCCUCCACCACCCCGUCUCCGCCCUCCACCACCAGUCCCUCAACUCCCACGGCGUCAGCAGCCACCAUUCUGUACAACAUGAAUGCAUUGGUGAUUGGAGCUUCGGUUGUGUUGGCACUACUUUUGGGCUAGGGGAGAGGCAGUGCAUGUGCAUGGAGUUCAGUCCAACAUCUCCGUUUUCUUAAUUUGUGUGAUUCUUGUGAUUGAUCAUUUGAUCCAUUACAUAUUUGUAUCGACGAUUGUCGAAAGCGUUGUCUUUGGAGGAUGGCCUCUUUUUAUAAUCCCUUCUUGCUUCUCAAUUUAAUCGGAUUUUGCAUUUGAUUCAUUUCA